CUUUUCAUUCAUUUUUCCUAAAAAUAUUUAUUCAUUUAGUAGCACGACUUGCUUUACGCAGUCAUUUAAAUAUUUAUGUGUCCAAAGCACUUGUCAAUGAUUAUAAAUAAAAGAAUUAUAACAUUUUGAAUAGGUUCAUGUAAUACCGACUGUCAGUUUUUUAUGUAUGUAUGUACUUGUUGCAAAAGAAUACUGGAAGAAUGUUACCCAGAUUUACAAAUGUAAUAUUUUAUAAGGCCCCAAUACCCUGUUGUAAGAUGAGAUAUCUAAGAAAAAUAUUGCCUAGAAUUUCUGCUAUGACGGUACAUUCAAGAAACUUUAUAAGUGACAAACCUGUUGUUGUACUAGGAAUUGAAACAAGCUGUGACGACACUGGCUGUGGAAUUGUAAAUAGUAAUGGAACUAUUCUAGGAGAAGCAAUUCACUCACAGCAAAUAAUACACUUAAAUAAUGGUGGCAUAAUACCACCGAUUGCUCGAGAUCUACAUAGUAAACACAUUACUGAAAUUUGUGAAAAUGCUUUGAACUCAGCUAAUAUGAAACUCAGAGACGUUGAUGCCAUUGCUGCUACAGUUAAGCCUGGACUUCCACAGUCUUUAUUAAUAGGAACAAAAUUUGGAAAGUAUUUGUCUAAGAUUGGAAGAAAGCCAUUUAUUCCUAUACAUCACAUGGAGGCUCAUGCAUUGACUGCAAGAAUGGUGCACAAGGUGGACUUUCCGUUUUUGGUCUUAUUAAUAUCGGGAGGUCAUUGUUUGCUGGCACUUGUUGAAAAAGUAGACAAAUUUUAUCUUCUUGGUGCUAGCAUAGAUGAUGCACCUGGUGAGGCUUUUGAUAAGGUUGCCCGUAGGUCAAAAUUGCACAACAUCCCAGAUUUCUAUGAUAUAUGCAGUGGUGCAGCGUUAGAAAUUGCAGCAACCAGAGCUACAGAUCCAGAACAAUUUUAUUUUCCUCCAUCUUUAUGCCAAUAUAGAAAUUGUAAUUUCAGUUUUGCUGGUAUAAAAUCUAGAGCCAUAUACCAUCUUAUAAAAGAAGAGAAACGACACAAUAUAGUUGGUGACUCCAUCAUUCCCGAUAUUUACAAUCUCUGUGCCGCCUUCCAAAUGGCUAUUAGCAGGCACAUAUGUAAUAGAACACAAAGAGCAAUGGAGUAUAUUCAGAUGAAAAAUUUACUUCCAAUGGAAAACAAAACCCUGGUAGUCUCAGGUGGAGUAGCUUGCAAUAAUUUCAUAGCCAAUGCAUUAAAUAUCAUUUGUUCAGAAAUGGGAUACAAUUUGGUACGACCACCACCAAAAUUAUGUACUGAUAAUGGAAUAAUGGUAGCAUGGAACGGGGUAGAAAGAUAUAUGGCCAACAGUGACAUUUUAACAAAUCCCGAAGACAUAGAAAAAGUUGAUAUUAACCAAAAAGCUCCGCUUGGAGAAAACUGGAUUGAAAGAGUAACUGAAGCAAACUUAAAGUGUAAGUGGAUCCAAAUUAAAAAAUUGUAUGCCAAAUGAUUGUAUAGUAGGAAAUGUAAAUAAAAAUUGUACAGGUGAA